CGGACACGACAGUCGGACAGUCUGGAUUUAUUUGCUCUUUCGUUUGCCCCUAUCGAGUGACGGUGUCGUUUACAUGAGAUAGUCUGGCUCUCCGUUUGCAAAGGGUUAUCCCCAGUAAAUUUACGUUCAAUUCGGGAUAUACGACCGGGAAGGGAUUUCCGGUACCGUGCGCUUCCUGGUGUGGUAAAAGAUUGUGAAACGAACGUCUGUUUUGUGAGGUGGUGGGGACCAUCCGACGACGAAAGGAAGGGCGAAUAGUAGACGAUUAUUUAAGAUUUGAGCCAAUAGCAGCAACAUUUAGCCAUGAACAUACCCAAUCAAUAUCUGGAGAAGACCGAGGAUGUGGCGGAUCAGAUCAUUCGAAAGGGUAAACACGUCCUACCGCACGUGGCGCGGCUCUGCCUGAUAGCGACCUUCCUCGAGGAUGGCAUCCGAAUGUGGGUACAGUGGAACGAACAGCGCGAAUACAUGGACAUGAGCUGGGGCUGCGGGAAAUUCCUGGCCACGAUGUUUGUGCUCAUCAACCUGAUCGGACAGGUCGGUGGCUGCGUGAUGGUGCUGGGCCGGCUAAAGGUCACGAUCGCAUGCGGAAUUCUGUUCUUUAUCGUCGUACUGCAGACCGUCGCCUACUCGAUCCUGUGGGACAUUCAAUUCCUGCUGCGCAAUCUGGCUCUGAUCGGUGCCCUGCUGCUAGUGCUGGCCGAGUCUCGCGGAGAAGCCCGGAGCCUGUUCGCCGGAGUCCCCUCGCUCGGCGAGAACAAACCGAAGAACUUUAUGCAACUGGCCGGACGAGUUCUGCUCGCAUUCAUGUUCAUCACCCUGCUCCGGUUCGAGUUGAGCUUCCUGCAGAUCCUACAGGACAUCCUGGGCUCGAUCCUGAUGGUCCUGGUGACGGUCGGCUACAAGACGAAACUGUCCGCCCUGAUCCUGGUGAUGCUGUUGACGAUCCUCAAUCUUUACCACAACGCCUGGUGGGCCAUUCCGGCCUACAAACCGCUGAGGGACUUUUUGAAGUACGACUUCUUCCAGACGCUGUCCGUGAUCGGUGGACUGCUGAUGAUCGUUUCGCUCGGCCCCGGCGGUGUCUCGAUGGAUGAACACAAGAAGAAAUGGUAAAAUGCGGGCGGUUCUGCAUGGCAAAUAAUUGUUGAUAUUGUUCCGUCAUUGAGAGAGAGAGAAAACGAGAAAGAGAGAGAGAGAGCGUGCGAAACACUUUUUCAUUUGAUAGGAUUUUUUUAUUAUAAAAAGGAUUUUAUUAAAAUUUACCGAUCCAUCA